GCGGGUGCCAACGUCAAGCUUUCUGUCACCGAGCAUCUAUCAUUCUCGCGAGAACAUAUAAUUAGAUAACACCUAUCGUGAUUGCACAUACUGUGUUGAACCUCACAAACAAUCUGUUCCAGAUCAUCACGCCGUACAAAUCACUGAACAUACACGCAUAGAAACAACCAUGGCGCCAAAACAGAGGAUCAUCAUCGACACCGACCCUGUACGUUUGCCGUCCGCAUAACGCCUACAUUCAUGGACAUUUUAAGCCAAUACAUACUCUAGGGUGUCGACGAUAUUCUGGCUAUGCUUCUCGCAUUCUCCGCUACCCCCGAUGAGAUCGACGUUCUUCUUAUCUCGUUGACGUUUGGCAAUAUCGAUGUUCAAAAUUGCCUCCGCAAUGCAGUUUCACUCUUCCACCAUAUGGAAAGAGAGAUCGAAUGGAGAAGCAAGAAUGGAAAGGAGCUGGGCUUCGAGACAUUGAGAGCAUCUAAACCUCUUGUCGCUGUUGGCGCAGAAGAACCGCUGGCUGAGCAGCUCAUGAUGGCAGAUUUCUUCCACGGUACAGAUGGUCUUGGGGGUAUUCAUGCCAGUCAUCCUCAUCUGACUCCUCAAGAGACAUGGAAGAUGCUGUUUGAUGCGGCUGGGGCGGCACCUCUCUCACCGGAGGCGACUACCACUUCUCAGCAAGUCCGUGAGGCUUCGAUGUUCAAGCCUUCUCAGCGACGUUCGCACGAAGAAAUUCUCCGUCUGCUGAAGGAAAAUGAAGCUGACACCAUUACCAUUGUUGCAAUCGGACCCCUGACCAACCUGGCCAUCGCAGCAGCUCAAGAUCCCGAGACGUUCUUGCGCGUCAAAGAAGUGAUUGUGAUGGGAAAUACCAUCAGUGAAGCAGGAAAUGUGACCCCUGUGGCCGAAUUCAAUACAUACGCCGACAGCAUUGCCACAGCUCGUGUCUAUGCUCUUACUUCGCCCACCCCAAACUCCACGAUUCCACCAUCGCCUCCUACACUGCCUGGCUCGCAGUCACUGCCUCACUUGGCACCCUAUCCGGACAAGCUGUCGAGGCAACUCAAGCUUACCGUGUUUCCUCUGGAUAUCACUACGCCUCACAAGAUUACGAGAGGCCAGGUCAAACAGACGAUUCAGCCCUUGAUUGAGGCUGGAUCACCCUUGGCGGAAUGGGCCGCAGCAUUCUUGAACUCGACGUUUGGAAAGAUAGAGUCGUUGAUGGAAGGAAUCAGUGGCGACGCCGUUGGCCUUGAAUUGCAUGACCCUCUGUGUAUCUGGUAUGCAAUGACUCACGAUGAUGCGGGAUGGAAGAUCAAGAAGAACGAAGACAUCAGAAUCGAGACGACAGGUCAGUGGACACGGGGAAUGACGGUGGUCGACACACGCGGCCGUAAAAAGCGAGCUCCGGACGACGGCGAGGGUGAGAUCCCUGGUGAUGCGGGCAACUGGCUAAGCCCCAAUGCGGGUAACCGUGUUGGAAGAUGUGUACAAUCGCCUGGUGUUGACCUUUUCGCGCCGUACCUGAUGCGAAGAGUAUUUGGCGCAUGAUGAUGAGCGCGACGGGUGCUUAGCCGACCGCAGUCGCUAGAAUUAAGCUUAUAGAAACCCUAUCGACUGCUCCUUGAGAUGGCGAAACAUGGAUCAUGACGGCUCUCAUUAUGACAGAAGUACCAACUCUUACGAAAGAGACUAUGAACGAGUACGGCGUGUGGGUAAGCACAAGCCGAAGAGAUUGCUGACUUCAUUGUCUGAUACGGAGUACAUUGUGGUAUGCCUAUUGUCCUUGGCUGGGGGCUGUGUUUCCGAUGCCAUGGCCCCGCCUAUCGAAGCUUCGGACGCAUCAAGCAGGUCGUCUUUGAGAGAGAUAUUAUCCUCACGCCAUCACGUAGAGCAUGGGGCAGGUGUUGAGUUCACAAUGUAUGGCGCAAGCACAGCAUGUACGAGGCAAACACCGAAAGUAAAAGUCACUAUGCAUCAUAAGACCAAGCUCGAUUGGUGAAAGACAGGUCCUCGGGGUCGGUCGAUGAAGUCGCAC